AUGUGGGCUUCCCUUUCCACUUUCUUCUUCGCCCCAUCCCUAGGCCAGAUUCCACAGCCUGUUAUUCUUCACAUCAACAUAGUUUCCCCGACUUUCGAAGAGAUGACUGGUACACUCGAACUACGCACGAUUGUGGAAGCCCUAUUCCAUGAACUUGAGUCAGAAGACGUCAAAUACGAGCAUGUGUUGAUUAUGGGGCAAGAAGCCCUUGCCCUGGCCAAAGAUCGGGCUGGUGAGCUUACCGUGGCAUCGGCAGCCACGGAAGCUAUCCUGGAGGCCGAGACCAUGGUCUUGUGCCUGCAAUCCAUCGUCGACUUUUGUGCCCUGCAACUAUUGCUUUCCUAA